CAGAAGGAGAUUUUAGAAUAGGACCAACUUUAGAUUAUCAGGAUCCGUUGCUGGUAAAAGGUUUUAUGGAUGAUGACCCCCCACAGUCUACUAGCUUGUUGAAAUCCUGUGGGAAGAGAAACAGCAGGUAGGAUGAGGCUGCCUUUCACCUUGAAGGCUCGUACUGAAAGUGAUGAUGAUUUGGAAGGUGGCAAGUUGGAGAAAGGCAGAGGGCGGCCACCACGAAGUAAUAGGAUUAUCACACUACGCCAUAAGGCUUUACUAUCUGGACUUGCAUAUUGUAUUUCUUCAUGCUGCAUGAUACUGAUUAACAAGUACAUCCUUUCCAGCUACGACCUUAAUGCCGGGAUAUCAUUGAUGCUCUACCAGAAUUUUGUCUCGGUUGUGGUUGUUUAUCUUUUAAAAUUCAUAGGCAUAAUAUCCUCAGAGCCACUCACAUGGAAGCUUAUUAGAGUCUGGCUACCUGUUAAUUUCAUCUUUGUUGGGAUGCUAAUCACAAGUAUGUUUAGUCUGAAAUACAUUAACGUUGCCAUGGUCACAGUCCUGAAGAAUGUUACUAAUGUGAUAACUGCUGUUGGUGAAAUGUAUCUUUUUAACACACACCAUGACAACAAAGUCUGGGUUGCUCUUUUCUUGAUGAUAAUUUCAGCAAUAUCUGGAGGAAUUACUGAUCUAUCUUUUAGUGCAGUUGGCUAUACAUGGCAGAUUAUUAACUGUUUCUUGACAGCAUCAUACUCUUUAACUUUGCGUAGGAUUAUGGAUACUGCCAAACAAGUCACAAAAUCAGGAAAUCUGAAUGAAUUCUCAAUGGUCUUGCUAAAUAACACUCUAUCACUUCCCUUAGGCAUUGUGCUUGUCAUUUUGUUCAAUGAGGUGGACUAUCUCUUUAGCACGCCACUCUUACAUUUGCCUAUGUUUUGGCUGGUGAUAACCUUAAGUGGACUUUUGGGCUUGGCAAUUAGCAUUACGUCAAUGUGGUUUCUUCACCAAACAGGUGCUACCACUUACAGCUUAGUGGGAUCACUAAACAAGAUACCUUUAUCUGUGGCCGGAAUCCUUCUUUUCAACGUGCCCACGAGUCAGGAGAAUUCCGCUAGUAUUUUCUUCGGUCUACUGGCCGGAAUAUUCUUUGCCCGUGCAAAGAUGCCGGAACAAUCAUCUCAUGCUUGAAGUUAGCUUGUAUACUUAGCAUGUACACACUCUAAAUCAUGAUGUUCCAUAUGUGCACAGUGCCCCAGAAUGAACACACUAUUAUAAUUGCUCUUUAUAACAAGUUGGUGCUCCUGCAUUACAUUAGAGCACAAAGGUGAUGUCCAAAAAAACAAAAAUAGCAGAAAAGAGAAACAAGUGUAGAAACAAGGAAAGUUUGAAGUCCUAUGCUCUUUAGAUUUUUAGUUUUCCUUAGUAAAUAUUCACAGACCUGUUUGGAGCUUAACAUUUCACUUUUGUGUGCCUACUUUGUUGUAAUGUUCAGGAACUGUAGGGAGGAGGAAUUUGACUGUACUUUGUCCUGAAUAUC